UACUCUGUCUGUCUCUCUGUCUUUCACUUCUUAAUUAUACAUUCAAUCCUUCUGGCAAGUCCAGUCUAGAGCGCUAGCCGCCUAUCAUUUUCAUUCAUCUCCACCACGAUCUUUUAUAAUACAGUCGCUCAUUUGACUUCGCCGAAAAUGCAUUUCUCACGAACCAUCGCUGCGUCGCUUUUCGUGGUCGGUCAGGUGUUAGCACAGGCUGCCUAUACUGCCAGUGCCACUGUUGCCGCGGCGGCGGGUCAGGAAACCGUCCAUGUCGUCCAAGUCGGAGGAACCAAUGGUUCAACCAUCUUUUCGCCAAACAGUGUCAUCGCAGCCGCCGGCGACCUCGUCCAGUUCCAAUUCAAUAAAAAGAACCACUCCGUCGUUCAAUCCACCUUCGACCAGCCGUGUGUUCCGAUCCAGAAUGUGAUGCCCAACAAGACCGACGCGUUCUUCUCCGGGUUUAUGGCAAACAAUCACACAUUCGGUGCUUCUGGUGUGCAACUAGUCUACACUAUCCGCGUCAAGGACACAAAACCCAUCUGGUUCUACUGCUCCCAGGCCAAACAUUGCCAGUCCGGUAUGGUCGGCGCCAUCAACGCUGCCACUAGCGGUAACAAGACCGUCCAAGCCUUCGCUGCGCUCGCAGCCCUCGCCCCUGCCAACCUAUCCCCGGGCCAGAACCCCGCCGAUGUCGCCGGCGCCGCAUCUAGUUCCGGAGCCGUCCUCGGUGGAGCUUCUACUAUCGCGACCGCCACGGCAGCUGCACCAUCGGGCGUUGCGGGCGCGACGGGCGGUGCCGCCACGGCCGCAAGUACAACCAGUCCCCCUCAGCAGUCCGUCAACGCCGCGCCCGGAGGCUUUGCCGACGCCGCCAGGAGUGGCUUGUCAGGGCUUGCGUGGGCGGGUAUUGCUGCUUUCUUUAUGCUAUAGGGUUGAGUUGGAUAUACCAUGUUUUGAAAAUAGAUGCGGGGAGAAAAGGAUUGAAGGCUUUGUAAGCUGGGGCUUAUUCGUAUUGGCUGAGCCGUAUUUUUUGGGAUGCACUGUGUGGGCGUUUACUGUCGAAGCAGAAAGCUAUGUUUAGUGUGUCCAUAUUAUUGUAUGUUGGAUGCAUAGACUCGUAAUAACAAUGCACUCUUGUCAUGAAUAUGGUGGAGCGUGUAGAAGGGAAAUGGGGCCCUAACAGCGUGCAGAGUUUCUGCCUAGCUACCGAAGAGCUAGAACACGAG